AUGGGAUAUAAAAACUGCCGCCAAUGAAGAAGUAAUCAGACUUGAAAAGUAAAUGCACUGAUCAUUUCAACCCAUUCGAAGCAUGGUUAUAAUGAUUAGAUACAGAUUCCGGUUACCUGCAUUUGGCAGUAUUUAUGGUAACCGACAAUCUGUUGCCUGUCCAGAAAAUAAAAAUGCAUUCAUCAUCCACAGAAAUAAUUCAGCAACAAGCAAAAUCUAUGUUUCUUCUUCCAAUAAUGCUCUGAAAUCUUACGAUACAUUGCCAGGAGAGUGGAAAUCCAAGUGGAGUACCCUCUAUAAGAUCCUGAAGAAAAAUGAUUUCAAAAAUUUACAUAAAAUCAUGGUAAACAAAUUCGAUAUGUAUGGACCGAUUUUCAGGGAACAGAUUGGUCACUAUGGUAGUGUAAACAUUAUUAAGCCUGAGGAUGCUGCUACUUUGUUUAAAGCUGAAGGCAUGUUUCCAAGAAGACUGAGUGUAUUACCAUGGUUGGAUUACAGAGAACACAGAAAGCAAAAAUGUGGAGUACUGUUACAAAAUGGGGAAGAGUGGCGAAAAACUCGAAUGGUUUUGAAUAAAGAAGUUAUUGCACCCAACAUUAUUCAUAAGUUUGUGCCAUUCAUUAAUGAUGUAGUGCUGGAUUUUGUGUCCAUGCUUCACAAACGGAUUAAGGAGAAUAGCAAAGAUGAAUGGACAUUUGAACCCAUGAAUGACCUCUUCAAAUUUUCACUUGAAUCCAUUUGCCAUGUAUUAUAUGGAGAACGUCUUGGUUUACUAGAGGAUUCACAAAAAACAGCAUGUCAACAAUAUAUUGAUUCCAUUACAUUGAUGUUCAGAACCACAACACCGAUGCUUUACAUUCCGCCUCGUUUACUGAAACUUAUCAACUCAAAGAUCUGGGUAGACCAUGUUGAUGCUUGGGAUGUCAUUUUUGCUCAUGCAAAUAUCUGUAUAGAAAAAAUACGCCAACAGUAUAAUCUGGGACUGAUAAAUGAAAAAGAGUAUUCUGGGGUUCUUGCAAAUCUUCUGAUAAAAGAGAAGCUACCAAUAGACAACCUCAAGUCUAGCAUUGUGGAGCUUAUGGCAGGUGGAGUUGACACGACCUCAAUCACUUUGUUAUGGACUAUGUACGAGCUUGCCAGGAACCCCAACCUACAGGAGAAAUUACGAAAUGAGAUUCUAGCAGCUGAGCAGGAAACACAUGGUGAUCUAUUCAAGACGUUACAAUUUGUGCCACUAGUGAAAGCUACACUGAAGGAAACACUGAGGCUGUACCCAGUAGCAGUAAGCUUACAGAGAUAUAUAACUGAAGAUAUUGUAUUGCAGAACUAUGUAAUACCAACUGGGACCUUAGUACAAGUGGGCUUAUAUGCAAUGGGAAGAAAUGCAGAGAUUUUUACCAACCCAGAGCAGUACAUCCCAGAAAGGUGGUUGAAAACAGAAACUAACUAUUUCAAAAAUCUAGGUUUUGGGUUUGGGUCUCGGCAGUGCAUUGGUCGCAGGAUUGCAGAAACAGAAAUGCAGCUGUUUCUAAUUCAAAUGCUGAAGAACUUCAACAUUGAAACAAGUGGGCUUCCCAAAUUGAACACAAACUUUGAUCUUAUCCUUGUACCAGAGAUUCCCAUAAAUUUAACCUUAAAGAUCAUUAAUUGAGAAAUAUGUGUUUGGAAGGGAAUGAAACAGUGGUAAAUGCCUUAAAACAUUGUAAGAUUAGCAAAUAUGAGAAAAAUUAGAUGCCUUGAUUGCAGAUAUGUCCUUUAUCAAACAAGUACAGUAACAUGCUUAAUUUUCUUAAUAAUUGAAUCAGAUGUACUUCCUAGAUAUGUGCACAUUUUAUAACAAAUUAUUCUGGUCAUAGAUUUAUUAGUGUGGUUAGUUGUUGGCCAGUUAUUUUUAAGCAAAUUAUUUAGAAUUUUACCUUGCCUCAAUCAUCGUAUGCUUUGAUUCCAUUUUGGGCAUAUUUAUAAAUAUUCUAUGUCCCAAUAUCAUAAGAGCAAAGAAUAAUUGUACAAAUUGUUCAUCAUGGAUUUGAAAUUCUAGUAAAGAUAUAGAUCAGCCAUGAUCUAAUUAAAUGGUGGAACAGGCUCGAGGGGCUGAAUUGCCUACUCCUGGUCCUAUGUUCCUAUUAAUAAAAGUUUUGUGAACGCCUUU